CCACUAGGAGAAGAAGGAAGUGAAAAGAUGUUAAGUACUGAGCACAGCCUUCCCCGGUCAGCCUAGAGGUCUGGCUUCCCGGUCAACAUGAAGGCUCCCCUUCUUCUGGGGCUUCUCCUGCUUUCCGUCACCGUCCAGGGCAAGGUCUUUGAAAGGUGUGAACUGGCCAGAACUCUGAAAAGACUUGGGCUGGCUGGCUUUAAAGGUGUCAGCCUGGCAAACUGGAUGUGUUUGGCCAGAUGGGAAAGUAAUUAUAACACAAAGGCUACAAACUACAAUCCCGGAAGCAGAAGCACUGAUUAUGGGAUAUUUCAGAUCAAUAGCCGCUACUGGUGUAAUGAUGGCAAAACGCCCAGAGCCGUGAACGCCUGUCGCAUACCCUGCAGCGAUUUGCUGAAAGAUGACAUCACUCAAGCUGUAGCAUGUGCAAAGAGGGUUGUCAGUGAUCCAAAUGGCAUUCGCGCAUGGGUGGCAUGGACAGCACACUGUGAAAACCAAGACGUCUCUCAGUAUGUUCGGAAUUGUGGAGUGUAACUGUGGAGUUUUCCUUCUGCAGCUCAUUGUAUCUCUUUUUCAUAUUAAGGGAGUACUGGUUGAGUGAAAGGUCACAUUACCAUUCUUUCAAAUAACACUUUUACACAAGCAGGAACAGAAUAUGGUCUUUCUUCUAAAAGUCUUCAUGUUUACGAAAUGUGUUUAUUUGAUAGCCUGUAACAUUUUUCAGUUUGCUAAUAGAAUAAUGCUGGUGAAAACUUAUCUAAAGUCUUGCCUAUCAAAUACAUCUCCAAUAUAGUCAGUUCUUAAAGAAAUAAUCCCAACUUAAUCUUUAGUACUCCCCAAUAUUUUAUAAAAAUGUAACAAACAAUCUUAAAAACAAACAUCUUAGGCAAAAUCCUAGCUGAAUAGGCAUCUGUUCAGUACUCUCCAAAAACAGUAAAAAAAAAAAUUAAAAAAAACCACAAAACAAACAAAAAAACACUCUCUGUUGGGCAAUAUAAAGUUUAAAAAGGAGCAGAAUGCCAAAUGGCUAAAAAUGACGACAGCCUGAAUUAAGAAUUUUGCUUUUCUAAACUGUGACCUUGGUUUAAAUAUUUUCUCAGAAAUGUUGCUUUCAUACUGCUUUAAAAAUAAAUUGACAGUUUAUAUGUCAAUCUAUUUUGGCCCUUUAAAGAACUCUUCUAUGCAUCUUUCUGAUCCUGAAGGAAUAUAAAGAAGGAUUGGAUGAGCUGUUGUUGUUCUUUGAUUUUAUUAACUUAGAUUCAUGCAUUAUGACUAAAUCUUGAGGCAAAUGACUUUGCAAGUAUUGAAGUAAUUGCUGAUUAACCAAAGGUGUGAAAUUAUGCAUGUUAUAAAAAUAAUACAAACAUUAUCAUUAGAGGCUUUGCAACUCAUAACUUGUCUUUCUUUGUUUAGACCCAACUAGUGUCUAAGAAGAAAAAAAUAUGUGUAUUCAAAAAAGAAUUAUUUGGGGGCUCAGUCGUUAGGCAUCUGCCUUCGGCUCGGUCCUAAUCCCAGGGAUUAGCCCCGCAUCGGCUCCCUGCUCCGCAGGAAGCUUGCUUCUCCCUCUCCCACUCCCCCUGCUUGUGUUCCCUCUCUUGCUGUGUCUCUCUCUGUCAAAUAAAUAAAUAAAUAAUCUUUAAAAAAUAUAA